AUGCAGCUCAAAUGGGACCAAGGCCUCGCCUCACGCGGUCGCCUCAAGGGUCAAAAGACAUUCGGCGACCCUGCAACCCCCUGCAAGACCGUGCGUCUGGGAUCCAUCGAAUUUGUCGACUGCACACACGACGCGAUACGCAAGCGGAAGCGUCAGGAGAGGCAUGAUACGAUCAUAGCUACAAGACCACCCAAGAAGGAACGCCUAGAAGAUGUGCAGCCUGUGCGAACAUUGUCUCCAAUAUCGCUACCGACGCCAUUGCCAGCGCUGCUCAUGACGGCCGACAAUCGCAAGCUUUUCGAGUACUACGUCAACCAUGUCUCUGUCAUUACCGUCGUCACGGACUCUGAAAGAAAUCCAUUUCGACAUAUCCUGCCGCAGCUAGCAUUUGAGUCGCCACUCAUCAUGUCCAAUAUCUUGGCCAUUGCAAGUGCUAAUCUCGCGAAUACCCAUCCUAACCAUCCCCUCACCUCCUCAACCUUUCAGCAUCUAAGUCAAGUCCAUACACUCCUACAAGAACGACUGCAGGACCCAGUGCUGUGUCUGAGUGAAAUCACACUUGCUGCGAUUCUUGGACAAGUGAGUUAUCAGCUCCACCACGGAUCCGUCUCGCAUUGGCGUAUCCACCUGACUGCUGCCCGAGGCAUUGUGAAUGCACUCGGUGGACCGAAACGAUUGUUGCAGUUACCGACGAAUGGAGGAUAUGGUACAACGCCGAAUACGCAUUGGCGAUUCUAUGUACAGCAUCUCGCAUGGCUUGAUAUCUUAGCAGCCACAACGAGUGAUUCGAAAAAGAUUGGCAGUGCAGCGUACUGGGAAGCGCUGAUUGAUGCUACGCAGAAUCCGCAGCGAAACAUACAGCAUUCACCGGAUGGCAAGCAAGUGACUCAGGAAGCAGCGUACGGGAUGAGCGAUCUUAUGGGAUGUUCAGAGGAGAUUCUCGGCAUCAUUGCUGAAAUGACUCGACGGUAUGAUGACUUUUGCAGUACAGAUACACUCCCUAACCUUGCGAAUGUCUGUCAGCGUAUACAGGAAACACCGAAAGAGUUGAAGCAGCUGGAGGACUAUUAUAUUGCAAAGCUGGACGCUCUCGCACCGGCAGGCAAACCAGCAACGCCAGGAGAAGCGUUGCAUGAGCUCUUUCGUUUAUCUGCACGCAUCUAUUUGCACUAUCGCAUUUUGCAUACACCCUGCUACAGCUUGACGGUGCAAAGCUUGUUAUCUCAAGCAAUUUCACUGUUACCCCUGAUUCCAACGCCGUCGUCGCAGGAAUAUGGAUUGCCAUGGCCGCUAUUCAUCCUUGGCAGUGUCAGCAUUUACUCCAUGCAGCAAAAAGUUGUGCAUAGCAGGUAUGAGCGGAUCGCCAAACACAUGGGAUUCGGCAAUCAGCAGCGAUGCUUGGAGUUACUGCAAGAAGUCUGGACGGGUUGGCGAGAAGCAGAACGUGCAUGUCGCGCACGAGAAGGUGGAUCUAUCCUGGAGAAGGAUCUCGUUUGCUUUUAG